UGCUGUCGAGUUGUUCUGACACGCAUCUAUGUCAUCAUCAAUGUGUUUGUAGCCAUUCCUGUUGCUAUUAUUUCUUACUGUGACAGAAUAUCAUUUUCAUGUACAUGUACUUUCACAGUUUCACAACUUCCAAAGACUUGAAAAUGGUCACCAAGGUCAUGGAGUAUAGAGCACCAUUGGCUGGCCAUGUAUCUCAUAUAUCACUGGGUGAAUCAGGCAGACUCUGGCUCAGUUAUGGUGAUGGGCAACUUGUCCAAACAGAUCUACAGGGGAAGCGACUACCGAAGAAGGUAUCUCUAUCGAAGAUAAAAACAAGUGGUGGCCUGGGAUUUCACACCGUCACGAAGGACGGAGAACUCGUCUAUACAAACAAAGACAACAAAACUAUUAUGAGGGUAACACCAGAUAAUAGGAUUACUUUGUUCAUUGAUACAGGAGACUUCAAACCACUCGCCAUACACUCGUCACGUAUCAACGGGGAUUUUCUGGUGGGGAUGAUGAAGGAUAAAAAAGCCAUUGUUAGGAGGUACAACAAGACAGGAAAAGUAAUACAGAGGUUAGGCAAAAGACGACAACUGUUUAACUAUCCACACUUCAUCACAGAAAACAUCAACGGUGAUAUCUGUACAUCGGACUACAACAAACGGGCCGUAGUGGUCGUCAAUAAAUACGGACGGUACAGGUUCUCCUUCACAGGCCAUGAUCAGAAGUCAGUGUUUCGUCCCUCUGGUAUCUGUACUGAUAUCCUCGGUCGUAUCAUUGUCUGUUCUACCAAAGUUGUCGACAUCCUCGAUGGGAACGGCCAAUGGCUAUGCGCAUUAAAAGGGGAAAAAUAUUUUCCUCGUAUUGCACCAGAAGAAAAAAACCCCUCCCAAUGUAGUGUGUGUGUGGAUGAUGAGAACAAUCAACCAGAAGAAAAAAAAGAAUGUACAUGUACUUACUCUCCUCGUAGUGUGUGUGUGGAUGAUGAGAACAAUCUCCACGUGGGACUAUGUGAGACCAACAAUGUAGUGGUGUUCAAAUAUCUACAGUAAAGCCUUCUCCAUUUCGACCGUGUCAGAAGUUUAUAAUGUACAUAUCGUGACACACAGGUUUUAGAAAGAAACGAAAAUGAGAUUGUGAUUAAUGAAAUAACACAUUAUAUCAAGAGUGAAUAUUUUCAUCAAAUUAUGUAUUUGAUCAGUUUAUGUUGUUUUUUAAUCGAAAUUUUGAAAAAAACCAUCUUUAUCAAUCAAUAUAAAAUUCAAACAAUAAAAUUCAAACUUGAUCUUAGUCUCUUAUUAUAUAGCUAUACAGCAAGUUCAAAGAAUGUGGGCGCUUAAGAUGUAGAUUCGGCAGGAAUCUGGGCGCACAAGGAGAGUGAAAAUUUCAUCAAUUAAGUUUGAAUAUUUUUCGAAUUAAAACCGUUCUUUGGUUUCUGUUGGAUGUGGAAUGAAUGGAAAAAUAUUUGAAAUGCAAAGG